ACUGCCGCUAAGGGGGUUGCCGGCAGAGUGCGGCAGGGCGACUCUGGCAGACUUCCCGGCGUCCUUGGCCCAGCUGGAGGGACUUGCGAACACGCCCCCCCCCCCCCCCCCCCUCUCUUCUUCUUCAGCGGAAAGCAUCUCUUCUCUCUUCUUGGUGUUUGGGACAGCAAUAGGACCCCGCGGGACAGCGAGAUGGCGAUGUCUCUUGAGCUGACCAUCCUUCAGCUGAUCUGUCUCUGCCUGUCGGUGGCCGUCGUCGGUGCGAGCAGCGACGCUACUUAUGCCCGGUGGUUUCACGGGACCAACAGUAGGCGCCUUUUGGAUGAGGCCCUCAAGGGUGACGAGCCCGUGUUCCUGGAAGCGGACGUGGUUGUGGAGGGUAGCAUGGCCGUCCUGGAGCACCCUCUGGAUCAGCCCUGGGACUUGAGUCUCCGGGACCUGCUGAACCUGGUCACGGCAAAGCCCAAGAGGGUUACCCUCAAGCUGGACUUCAAGAGCACCGAGGUCCUUCCGUCGGCCAUCAACGUCCUUAUGGGUGCUCUGACAGAGAACCUGAAAGACCUGUGGCUGCACGCGGACGCGGUCCCAGGCCCCGGCGGCAAGCCACCCGUCGACGCCUCCACCUUCCUGCGUUACACAACGCCCUUCCACCCGUUCGCCGUUGUAUCUCUUGGGUGGACCACCAAGAGCAAGGGUGCGUACUCCUGGCGGAACGUCGAGACGAUGGCCCGCCUCACCCGCUGUGGACAACCGUACCUGAAAAGAGUCGCCUUCUCCGUACGCGCCUCAAUGCUCGAGAACUCGUUGCCCCAGCUCGCCUGGCUCGUGGACGUCGUCCCAAAUUCCACCCUCUCUGUCUGGUACCCGUCAUCAGAAGCUCCGCCUACAGAAGCAUUGUUGAAACUUCGCCAGACAAUUCCGGAGUCGUCCGUUGUCUACGACUUGCCGCGGGACUACCCUUUCGAGAAUCUGGUUGACGCUCCCAUCAUGGAAGAAGACCAGGACUGGAGAAUAGACUGGAAGCUGACUGGAGACUCUCCUUGUCAGAAGACCUCGUUGGUCGGAAAGCGCGCAGUGGUCUUGGGAGACCAGGCGGUCUCGGCGACUCUGCCAGACCCAUGGGCGAACUUCGAGGCCAAGCUGGACCUCAGUAAACCAAGAUCUGUCGCGGUGAGCCUCGGCAAGUCUAAGCUGACACUGGAAGGCCCCUGCUUUUACAUGGUUCUCAACAGGAAUGGGCAAAAGGUUACAAGUCAUGUUUGGGGCAUACCCUGCAAGGAUAACACCCUGGAUCCGGCCAGAAAAGAAAGCCCGGCGGAAAUGACCCGCGAGUGGGACUUCGAGAACGCUACGGUACCGCUUGUGUUUGAGUCGUCGCCUGGAGGUGUUGUCUAUGCAGCGUACUUCCAUUCAGCCGCACCGACUUUGUCCUGCUCGCUAGCACUGGUUUUGAUGGCGCUUGCAGUGUUGGCCGUCUGAGGGGGUAUAACUGACUGCUUAGGACAGCCUGUGUUCUAACGUGUUGUGCAAGUUAGUGUUCAAAGUUGCCGUCGCCGUCUUCCAGUAAGUUUGUAGAAAGGGACGAAUUCGAGCGAAGUAUGAACCUCGUGGCUAUUGUGAAGCAGCCCCCACUAGCAAAAAUUACAACAUAAUAUAUAAAUGCAAGAGCAAAUACCAGGUGAAAAUAUUGCUUCGAGUGGCUAGUGAAAUAAAACACAACAUAAAUCCUUGAGUGCUCAUUUUGAACGCUUUAAGUCGUGAGAAACAAAGAAGAUGACAGGCUUAGCGAAAUCAUGACAUUGAUGUGUUGCAUUAAAUUAAAUUCGAUUAGUAUCUCUGGUAAGUCGACAGGGUAUGAUGAUCGCAUAGGCAAGUAUUAUGAAUGAAACUGUACAUUACAAUAUAUACUCAAGCGAGUUAAUGAACUAUGAGGGGAACAUGGAGUGGCAGCUAUUCAAAUGCGCACUGACGAAAUCUCAUGGUGUCGACAUUGUGGAACUCUGACAACACCGUAAUAUAAAUCAACGAUUGUGUUUUAUGCAAUAGUUUUAUUUAACAGUUUCAUGUGAGCCGUGAUUUUGUAGGGAAGUUUCCUCCUUUCUUGUGAAACGCAGUCCGUUGGAAAUUAUGUAGAGAACAUAAAACUGCACGGAGUUUGAACGUAGCCGUUAUGUAAACACUGACAAACGAUCAAAGAUUCAGACCAAAAUUCUUAUAUAAAAUGAAACGAGAAACGCGAUGGCGAGUAUAUUUAUUUUUAUUGACAGGCCGAACGUAGACAGCUUACCACUGACCACUUGAAGACAAGGCACAAUUUGUUUCUGGUGUAUUUAAAACCUGCUGCUCGAGGAUAACAUAUAUAAAUAAAAAAAAUUACCUCCCCCUUUAAAAUCAAAAAGGAGGGCCAGGAUUGGUGCUUGUGCUGGUGGGGUUGAUUUUUACUAAUGCGCACAGUAAUAAUUUCAAUCAUUGGUUUGCAGGUGAACUUCCACGUGUCCUCAAACGAAUUUAAUCAUACAUAUCAUCAUAUUACUGCCUCCCUACACUAUCCCAUUUGUUUGCAAUAUGAAUGUUAGUGCAUUCAGGUUGCUCUGCCCUUUCUCCUCGUUGUAUUUGAACAAAAUGUUGGAACUUGCCAUACCAAGUGUAUACCCAAAUCAAACAUGAGUAGUUAAUACAUUGAAUUGCAGUUUGGUGUACCUUCAUUCCAAACGGCGUAUAGAAAUGUACGCUGCGCAUGCCGAAGUAAAAAUAUUUUUCAGAUAUACUGCACAAAGAAACAAGAACUGUUUAGUGUGCCCGUUUUGUAGAGGUCUUUGAAGAAUUGACUGGUUUUGCUCAUCUCAAAUAUGCAGCGUGGGAAACAUAAAGAUAUCAGCAAUAAUAUUCCGCUAUGUCGAGAAGAGUGCUCGUUAGCACCAUCUGUCUAGCAAUAUAGAGUUAAUGUGUCUAUUUAAAGUGCGUUUUAUUAAGAGAUGUAAAUGUUUAUAAAAUAUGUUAAUAAAGUUUGAUGAUAUCCA